AUGGCCUCACCCCUUGGGGGAAAGUUCUCUCCGCCCCGGGCUGAGGCCACGCGCUCCGAGGAGACGGCAACGGUCCGCGUGGAGACGUCGUCCCACCGCAUGGAGACGACCUCCCGUGAGGUGCGGAGGUUUUCCCGUUAGGUGGAGACCACCCAGUGCCGCAGCGAGGGGUGCUCCGUCUCCCCCUCUGUGAAACGGGCCCCUCGCGUCUUCGAGGUGUCCUACCAGCACGUGGAAACCGCCUCGCAGCGCACGGAGACGGCCUCCCGCCGCGUCAGGGCCUUGUCUCUGCGGGUGGAGACGUCUCUGCACCGCGUGGACAGCCCGCCGCGGCGGGAGCAGCCGGCCGCUCGCCAAAAUGUCCAAAAGGCCCGAUGA